AACCGGCUGAGCGCAUCAGCCUGGGAUGAUGCGCUCCAUGCAUGCAGGCGCACCAAGCCGGACGGCUGUGCUCAGAUUGUACAUGAUUGGUUUUUUGUUGGUUGAGCAUCCCUUCUUCUUCUUCUUCUUCUUCUUCUUCUCGCACGUCUAAUGCAGAGACGAUCGGGUACUCUUUUGCUUUCCCCGCAGCGUGCAGAUGUUCUUCAGUGAAGCUUUAAAAGUCACAAAAGGGUCGCGGGGUAUGCUGGAGCCUAUCCCAGCUGACUUCGGGCGAGAGGCGGGGUACACCCUGGACUGGACUGGUCGCCAGCCAAUCGCAGUUUAAAAUGAACCAACAACUUUGGACCAACACGACUCCGACUCCGCCGUACGACAACUGGACAUUUUACAACACCUCCUCGGAGUACGUCCUCCCCAGGAGCAACAUCACCUAUGUGGGAUUUUACCUCCACCAGCCGUCCACGGCGGCCAUCUUCAUCGUGUCCUACCUGCUCAUCUUCCUGGUGUGCAUGGUGGGCAACGCCGUGGUGUGCUUCAUCGUGCUCAGGAGUAAAAACAUGCGCACCGUCACCAACUUGUUCAUCCUCAACCUGGCCGUGAGCGACCUCCUGGUGGGGAUUUUCUGCAUGCCGACGACGCUUCUUGACAACAUCAUCACCGGAUGGCCGUUUGGAAGCCUGGUGUGCAAAAUGAGCGGCAUGGUUCAAGGCAUCUCCGUGUCUGCGUCCGUCUUCACUCUGGUGGCGAUCGCAGUGGACAGAUUUCGAUGCAUCGUCUACCCAUUCAAGCAAAAGCUGACCAUAUCCACCGCCACCUUGAUCAUAGUCAUCAUCUGGGUCCUGGCCAUAUCCAUCAUGUGUCCAUCUGGCGUGAUGCUCCAAGUGACACAGGAGCAAACCAUUCAGGUGUUGCUGGGCUACGACAACAAAACGACUCCUUUUUACUGGUGCAGGGAGAACUGGCCCAACCAGGAGAUGCGAAAGAUCUACACUACUGUUUUGUUCGCCAACAUCUACCUGGCGCCGCUGUCCCUCAUCGUCAUCAUGUACGCCCGCAUCGGCAUCACUCUCUUCAAGACGGCCAUGCCCACAGGGGGCAAACCGGGUCACGACAACCGCCACACUGUGUCCAAGAAGAAGCAGCGGGUAAUCAAGAUGCUCCUCAUUGUCGCUUUGCUCUUCAUCCUCUCCUGGCUGCCUCUGUGGACCCUCAUGAUGCUGAGCGACUACGCCCAGCUCAGCGAGCAUCAGUACAGGAUCAUAAACAUCUAUAUUUACCCCUUUGCCCACUGGCUGGCUUUCUUCAACAGCAGCGUCAAUCCCAUCAUCUACGGGUUCUUCAAUGAGAACUUCAGGCGAGGAUUUCAGGUGGUGUUCAAGUUCAGCCUGUGCACGGCCGACGGCCAGCGGAGGAAGACCUACUCACACAGGCUGCAGACCAACUCCGUGCUGCCGGCCAAUAACGUACAGACCUCCCUGGAGCCUAUUUCUCUGAACAGCCUGGAGAAGACCAGCUCCAGGCGAACCCACCAUGUCACCGAGCAGGACUUGGUCAUGGAGGACCUGGAAAAGGGUUCUUGUAGCAGUGGUGGGGUGACAGCCGUGUCCAUUUGAAUAAGAAACAGCCCUCCGGGUGUUGGCUUUGAGGUUUUUAGUCCUCUGACCGCCUGAGUGGCAAUUUUCUUUACUCGCAAAAACAGAUUUAACGCAGGAAGCUACCUCCCCUGAAAAGCCAUUUGAGCCGAAAAUGAAGAUUAGUUGCCGGGUUCUAAGGCGCAUUCUGAACAUAUGAGGGGCAUCAAAUAAAAUGGAUUUGGGUUUCACGUCCUUAUAGCACAAACAAUCAGGGUUGCAAAGUGAUACCUGUCUGGUAACUACAGUAGAACCCAUUUAAGUCUGUGCUGUUUAUGUCGACAACAUCUACGGUCCACCAUGUUCUUCGUAUUACUAAAAAGUGGCCGCUUAAGCUAUCGUCGACAUAAAUGUCAACAUAAAAUUGGAGUCCCAAAGGGGUCGUACAAGUCUUUAUUUCAGCUUGUGCUGUAGUUUUGUUAACAUCAACCUUGUCACGAAGCAGCAGUAUAACAAGCAACAUAACUACUGUCUGAUUACACGGUAUUACGAUGUGCACACAGCGCCUUCCUGUUCAGUGCAAAGUAAGCUUCAAAAUAAAUGCAUGACAGUAUUAACCUGGAUUCGACCACAGCAGCAAACAAAAUGCACCCAUUUAUUUUUUUUUUUUAGAUUGUCAGCCACCAUAAGAAAGAUUUGUGACAUUUGAGUUGGGAGACAGACACUGAAAUAACCGCAUCAGCUGCUAUGAAAAAGUACAAUCAAAAUGAAAUAGACACUAAUGGAGGGAAACACACUGUCAUAGGUUCAAAGCUCCUUUACUAUUGCCAGUUCUUCUUAUGUCUCUGGUCGGUUUCGCUUCUGUCGACGUCCGUCAGCCAGUCCGAGGUACACGGACAUGAAAGGGUUCCACUGUAGUACCGACCGAAAACUACCGAAUAUGUAUAAAUGUAUAAAGAUGCAUCAGACGUGGACAAAGCUUGCAAAGCCGAUUUCAGUUGAUUUAGUACGACGGCGUAUUAGGGACACAUUGGAAAAAAAACAAAACUAAGAUUUUGAGAAUAAAGUCGUAAUUUUAUGAGAAAAAAGUUGUAAAUUUCCGAGAAUAAAGUUGUACAUUUAUGGGUA